AUUCCGUCUUGUCCUCCUCCCCCGCCCGCGACCAUGGCGGCCUACUUCUUCUCGUCUCCCAUCGACAUCGACAUCAAGCUCAGCGAUGAGGAGGCGCGCAAACACGUUGACAUGAAGUCCGACAAGGACAAGGACAAGGUCGUGUCCUGCCCGGUCUACUACGAUGGCGAAGGCGUCGGGGGAACCGUCAGCAUACGCGUGCGCGACGGCAAGAAGAUCACCCAUGACGGCAUAAAGGUCGAAUUUGUUGGGACUAUAGAGCUGUUCUAUGACCGCGGACAUCAUCAUGAGUUCCUGUCGUUAUCACAGGAGCUGGCCGCCCCAGGCGAGAUGCGACAAGCGCAGACCUUCGACUUCAACUUCAAGGCGGUUGAGAAGCAGUUUGAGAGCUACAUCGGCAUCAAUGUCAAGCUCAGGUACUUCGUACGGCUGACCUUGACGCGGCGAAUGGGUCUACCAUCCUCAACAUUGACGAAGGAGCGCGAUAUCUGGGUCCACUCAUUCCGAAUGCCGCCAGAGGCCAACAACAGUAUCAAGAUGGAGGUCGGCAUUGAGGACUGUUUGCACAUCGAGUUUGAGUACAACAAGAGCAAGUAUCACCUCAAGGACGUCAUCGUGGGCAAGAUCUACUUCCUCCUCGUCCGUAUCAAGAUCAAGCACAUGGAGUUGAGCAUCAUUAGACGAGAGACAACCGGCUCACCACCGAAUCAAUACAACGAAUCGGAGACGAUCACGAAGUUCGAGAUCAUGGAUGGCGCGCCCGUACGAGGCGAAACCAUUCCCAUACGCCUUUUCCUCGGCGGCUUCGACCUUACGCCGACCUUCCGGGACGUGAACAAGAAGUUCUCGACCCGCUACUACCUCAACCUUGUCCUCAUCGACGAGGAGAACCGGAGAUACUUCAAGCAGCAGGAGAUCACGAUCUAUCGGAUACCAGAGAAUUGAUCCUUCACGCUGGACGUAUACAAUGGCACUACGUCGCACUUCCUUUUGUAUUAUUUGCUUCACGGAUGUAUCUCAAGACAUGGCAGUGGGUAUCUGUCACCAUGCCUCGCGCGACCAUCUGCAAGACUUUCC